AUGGAUACGACUUGUGGAGAGGCUAAAGAAGCCAAUGGAUGUGAGAGUAAUAGUAAUAAUAAAGCUGUUGUUAUUAGUGUAAAGAGCAGUGAGGUUGAGGAUCAGAUAUCUGAGGAGGAGGAAGAAGAAGAAAGCGAGUCACAGUGUUUAUUGCCUCCUCCUAGGAAAGGAGGGAUGUCUAGAAGUACUGACAAGAUUAAGAGGACUGUUCAGUGGAAUGAUAACAAAGGAGACAAUCUUGCUGAGGUUUUGGUUUAUGAACCAAGUGAAGUAAGCGAUACAGAUGACGAUGAUUCAGAUUCCUGCAUCUGCACAAUUAUGUAGCCCCUCAAUACCCGCAAUCAACAACCAUUAACAUGGAGUUUAACAAUGAGCAUCUCUCUUUAUCUGGCUUCUUUUUAGCAAUCAGGUUUUUUUGAGGACAGACGAACCAACAGGUUCGUCUGCUUUUUUGAUCAGGACUUAUGUCAAGAAGCCAGUUCAAAAUAGAAGCUUAUACCUUAUCAUCACAAUUCAGUUACAGGAGUGAGAGUAUAUAGAUUAUAUAGAUUACUGCUAUAUUCCAAUAGAAGCUGAUCUUCAAACCAAAGAUCUUUGUGAGUGCUGUUUGAUUUGAUGACAGGUUUUGACAGUAAACUAUAUAUGUAUGUCUUUUACUGCAACACACGAGCUAAUUCAAUUGUAAGCAUGUGCAGCAAUUUAUUCCUUCUUUC